UCUGAUUGGUUGGCGAGGGCACAUGCUCGGAAGUACCGGUACGGCGGCUCGAAGGUGAGUGAGAACGGAGGCGUUGCAUUUCGGGCAUCCGCUACUAUGGCGGGGGACUUGGAGCGCUGGGUUUCUGGACAGUUGCACACCCUGCUGGGGUUAAGCGAGCGGCAUGUGGUCGCCUUCAUGGUGGGCCUGGCCCAUCGGAGCCGCACUCCAGAGGACCUGCUCGCCCGCCUUGAGGAGACGGAGACGCUGUGCGUGACGGAUCCUCCCGCGCGAGCCUUCGCUCAACAGCUGUGGGAGCGGGUUCCACACCAGGCCCCACAGGAGCGUCCAGCCAGGUUGGCUGAACAGGAGGCAUUGGCCUUGCAGCAGAAGAACCUCUCGUACACCCUGCUGGAAGACAGUGAUGAUGAAGAGACUGGCAAAGCAACAGCAGCCCGGGGCUCCAAGCGUCAGCACCCUUCACAAGGCCCUGAGCGCAAGCAGCGGAAGCGGCACAAACACCUGAGGCAGCGCAAGGAAGAAGAGGACGAUGACAACGAUUCUGAUGAGAAGGGCAGCAGAGAUGACAGAGGACAGAAGCCAGCGGCAUCUUCCGCAAAGGAGGAGGAUUCGGAGGACGAGUGGGACCGGAGUGAGCGAGAGCGACUGCAGGACCUGGAGGAGCGUGAUGCUUUUGCUGAACGUAUCAAACGCAAGGACAAGGAGAAGACACGCAACAUCCUGGAGCGUUCAGACAAGAAGGCCUAUGAAGAGGCUCAGAAGCGUCUGAAGACUGUAGAAGAAGACAAGAAAUUCAUGAUUCCAGAGCUGCGUAAGAAAUCCCGUUGGGAGUAUUUGGCCAAACGGGAAAAGGACAAGAUAGAAGAUUUGGAGGCAGAGAUAGCAGAUGAGGAGUACCUGUUCUCUGAGCUGGAGCUCACAGCACAAGAGCAGCAGGACCUGGAAUACAAACGCGAAGUGCGGGACUUGGCAAAACAGUACAAGCAGGCUGGAGAGCAGGAAAAGCUGGAGAAGAGCAAUCGCUACUAUAUGCCUGAGGAGAGUCGCAGCAAGAAGAUCCCUGAUCGCUAUGAGGAACCCCAGACAGAGGAUCACUUGGCCCCAAGAGAUGAGCAGCGCCGCUGGGAAGAAGACCACAUUGGAGCAGCUUCCCUCCGUUUUGGGGCCCGGGAUGCCAGUCAGCGCCAUCCUCACAAAGACUAUGAAUAUGUGCUUGAAGAGGAUGAGAUGAUCCAGUUUGUGAAUGCUGUGCAGAUGCGAGGCACGAACCAGAGCAAGUCCCUGGAGGAGAAGCCAGAGUUGUCGGAGGCUGAACGCAAGAAGCUGUCCAUCCAGGAGGUGCGCCGUAGCCUGCCCAUCUUCCCUUACUGUGCAGACCUGUUGGCUGCCAUUGCCGAACAUCAGACACUUAUCAUCGAAGGAGAGACUGGCUCUGGCAAGACCACUCAGAUCCCACAAUACUUGUUUGAAGAGGGCUACACGCAGAAAGGAAUGAAGAUUGGCUGCACCCAACCCAGGCGAGUGGCGGCUAUGAGUGUUGCUGCCCGUGUUUCCCAGGAAAUGGGUGUCAAACUUGGAAAUGAAGUGGGCUAUAGCAUCCGUUUUGAGGACUGCACCUCAGAGCGGACGGUGCUGAAGUACAUGACAGAUGGGAUGCUCCUGAGAGAGUUCCUCACUGAGCCUGACCUGAGCAGCUACAGUGUCGUCAUCAUUGAUGAGGCUCAUGAGCGCACGCUGCACACCGACAUUCUCUUUGGGCUUAUCAAGGACAUUGCUCGCUUCCGGCCUGAGCUGAAGGUGCUGAUUGCCAGUGCAACCCUGGACACAGAACGUUUCUCCACUUUCUUUGAUGAUGCUCCUAUUUUCCGCAUUCCUGGACGCCGCUUCCCUGUUGACAUCUACUACACCAAGGCUCCAGAGGCUGAUUACCUGGAGGCCUGUGUGGUAUCAGUACUGCAGAUCCAUGUUACACAGCCCCGAGGAGACAUCCUUGUUUUCCUCACUGGCCAGGAAGAAAUUGAAGCAUGCUGUGAGAUGCUGCAGGAUCGCUGCCGUCGCCUGGGCUCUAAGAUUGCAGAACUUCUGGUCCUCCCAAUCUAUGCUAACCUGCCCUCUGACAUGCAGGCCAAGAUCUUUGAGCCAACCCCCCCGGGGGCCAGGAAGGUUGUUGUGGCCACCAACAUUGCAGAGACAUCUCUGACCAUAGACGGCAUCAUUUAUGUGAUUGACCCUGGGUUUUGCAAGCAGAAGAGCUACAACGCUCGCACAGGCAUGGAGUCGCUCAUUGUCACUCCGUGCUCUCGGGCUUCUGCUAACCAGCGAGCAGGACGAGCUGGCCGUGUGGCUGCAGGGAAGUGCUUCCGUCUCUACACUGCCUGGGCCUACAAGAAUGAGAUGGAAGAGACCACGGUGCCAGAAAUUCAAAGGACCAACCUGGGCAAUGUGGUGCUGCUACUCAAAAGCUUGGGCAUCAAUGAUCUGAUCCACUUUGACUUCAUGGACCCGCCGCCCCACGAGACUCUAGUAUUGGCCCUGGAACAGCUCUAUGCCCUGGGAGCCCUCAAUCAUCUUGGUGAGCUCACCAAGCUGGGCCGGAAGAUGGCAGAGCUGCCCGUUGAUCCCAUGCUGUCCAAGAUGAUCCUGGCUUCAGAACAGUACAAGUGCUCAGAGCAGAUACUCACCAUCGCUGCCAUGCUUUCGGUCAACAAUGCCAUUUUUUACCGGCCCAAGGACAAAGUGGUCCAUGCUGAUAAUGCCCGCAUGAACUUCUUCCUGCCUGGUGGGGACCAUUUGGUUCUUCUCAACGUUUAUAAUCAGUGGGUGGAGUGUGGUUACUCCAUGCAGUGGUGCUAUGAGAACUUCAUCCAGUUCCGCUCCAUGAGACGAGCCCGCGACGUGCGAGAACAGCUGGAAGGGCUGAUGGAGCGCAUUGAGGUGGACAUCACUUCCAGCGAGGGAGACUACAUCCCUAUCCGCAAGGCCAUCACUGCUGGUUUCUUUUAUCACACGGCCCGCCUAACCCGCAGUGGAUACAAGAGUGUCAAACACCAGCAAACAGUGUUCAUCCACCCCAACAGUUCCCUCUUUGAAGAACAACCACGCUGGCUCAUCUAUCACGAGUUGGUCUUCACCACUAAAGAAUUCAUGAGACAGGUCAUAGAGAUCGACAGUGCGUGGCUGCUGGAGGUGGCCCCUCAUUACUACAAGGCCAAAGAGCUGGAGGAUGCCUCCAGUAAGAAGUUGCCCAAGAAAGUGGGGAAGACCCGGGAGGAACUGGGAUAAGGUAGAAGAAGCCUAUUCCCUGCUUCCCAUCAACGGUGGGGCAUUUUUAUUUGUACAGCUGUAUAGUUUGAUGCCAUUUUGAGGCACUGAGUAAAACAUUUUUUACAAAUA